AAUGCUUAACUGCAUGCAUCUAACAUGGGGCUGGUUUUAACCCUAGCGCUCUGACCUAGACUCAACUCCCGGAAAUUCCAAGGAACUUCGUCGUGGCCUUAGUUCUUCAGGUGGAACAGUGUAAGACAUGGGAAAGAAAACCAAGCGGACAGCUGACAGUUCUUCUUCAGAGGAUGAGGAGGAGUAUGUUGUGGAGAAGGUGCUAGACAGGCGUGUGGUUAAGGGGCAAGUGGAAUAUCUGCUGAAGUGGAAAGGCUUUUCUGAGGAACACAAUACUUGGGAACCUGAGAAGAACCUUGAUUGCCCUGAGCUAAUUUCUGAGUUUAUGAAAAAGUAUAAGAAGAUGAAAGAGGGUGAAAACAAUAAACCCAGGGAGAAGUCAGAAAGUAACAAGAGGAAAUCCAAUUUUUCAAACAAUACUGAUGAUAUCAAAUCCAAAAAAAAGAGAGAGCAGAGCAAUGAUAUCGCUCGGGGCUUUGAGAGAGGACUAGAACCAGAAAAGAUCAUUGGGGCAACAGAUUCCUGUGGUGAUUUAAUGUUCCUGAUGAAAUGGAAAGACACAGAUGAAGCAGACCUGGUCCUUGCAAAAGAAGCUAAUGUGAAAUGUCCACAGAUUGUGAUAGCGUUUUAUGAAGAGAGACUGACAUGGCAUGCAUAUCCUGAGGAUGCAGAAAACAAAGAGAAAGAAACAUCAAAGAGCUAA